ACAGCCGGAGCCUGGGAAGAGGCGGCCUCGGGCCGGAGGGGGCGUGGUGGGGAAGGGAAGGAGGGCGGGGGUGAGGGGAUAAGGAGGCCCGCGCGGCCCGCGCCCCCAGCCACUGCCCGCCCGGGAGCCCGGGUGCCGCCGCCUCCCGCUCGCUUCCCCUCGCCCAGGGGGGAAAGGUCAGCAGCGUCCUGGAGCCGCCGUGUCACUCCCCGACAGCCAUGAACUGCAGCGAGAGCCAGCGGCUGCGCACCCUCCUCAGCCGCCUGCUGCUCGAGCUGCACCACCGGGGCAACGCCAGCGGCCUGGGCGCCGGCCCCGGCCCGAGCAUGGGUAUGGGGGUCGGGCCCGACCCGUUCGUGGGCCGCGAGGCGACCAGCGCCAAGGGCGACGACGCCUAUCUCUACAUCCUGCUCAUCAUGAUCUUCUACGCCUGCCUGGCCGGGGGCCUCAUCCUGGCCUACACCCGCUCCCGCAAGCUCGUCGAGGCCAAGGACGAGCCGGCCCAGGCCUGCGCGGCGCACGAGUGGGCCGCCGCCGACGCUGAGACUGCGGCCGGCUCGCCGGCCCAGGGCCGCCGCCAGCUUGCCCCCGGGGCGCCGCCCGCCCCGGCCCAGGGCGCCGAGGGGGUCUAGAAGCGCGGCCCCGCUUGCUCGCGCGCGCGCGCGCGCCCUCCUGGUCUCCCGCGUCCCCGGGCGCGGCGCCCACCUUCUCCUUUCCUCCCCUUCCAGGCGCCGCCUCACCUGAGGCCCAGACGGGGAGAGGCCCGCAGACCUCGUCUGACAGGCCCUGGAAGGAGCACCACCCUACCCACCCUCCAGACCGCUUUUUCCCUCUUAACCCUCCCACCCGGCCACCCCAUGCCUACACCCCUACCCCGCACACCCAACUGCACUAAACUGCCUCUGCUCUCUUGUCUUCAGACAGCCCUGACACCAUGCUCCAGCCCCCUGGGAACUGAAUCCAACACGUCCAGCACUUGGCAUUGAAGUGAAGCAAUGAAGUCUAUCAGAACUCUGGGCCGUCUAAGCUUCUCCAGCGGCUGCCAGGGACUGCUCACUCCACGGAGCCAGCGGGCUUGCCCUCGCUGCCAGGCGGGCCGCGGCAGUUCCAGCUUCCUGUUGCCUUAGGGACUGAGACAAAGAAAAAUGAAGAGACCCCAGACAUCUUUCCCCUCCCUCCCUCUUGCAGCAGGGAGCUAGCAGGACACUAGGACCAGUCUGUGGGCUAGAAUGGACUUCAUGGGGACUGAAGGGGGGAGGGAAGCUGCAAGGGGAGGGGAAGAUAUAUGACCCCAACUGUAUGCCUUUCUUGCAUCCCGCUGUCAUCCCAAAAGUAACUGGCCUGAUUUUUAGCAGCGUGGCCAUCUUCUGGUGUGGGUAACCGUCCCUGGGUGUGUCACCUCCAUACCUCCAAAUGCCUCCCCUGUAUCGAUUCAGUUGCCAUGGCAGCUGUCUGCUUCAUGUAUGGAACAGGAGGCUCAGACGUUUCCCUCCCCUGUAACCUGGGGAAUAUCAGAGGCAGGUAAUAAAGGUUGUUUAAGCAAUA